AUGGAGGGAUGUUCAGGUUUUGGUUUUUAUUAUAAUAAUAUUGUAGAUAACUGCGCUUUACUAUCUAAUUUUCUAGAAGAUGAGUGCAUAAAUUGUCAGCAAAUAGACGGUUUAAAAAUUUAUGAAAUUAAAAGAGAUAAAACAACUACAACAACUGCACCUACUACAAUAACUACAUCAACUACAGACGAAACAACUACACAGACAACCAAACCAAGCACUACAACAAAAAUUCCUACUUCUACUACAACUCUGACUUCUACAACAGUAAUCACUUCUACAUCACCUUCCACUACUGAAACAACUUCCUAUACACCUUCCACCACAGAAUUUCAAAGCACUACAACUACAACAGUUCAAUCUACAACCAGUGAAAAACCAACUACUACAACCACUGAAAUUCCAACAACUACAACCAUCGAAAGUUCAACAACUACAACCACUGAAAGUCCAACAACAACAGUUCAAUCUACAACCACUGAAAAACCAACUACUACAACUACUGAAAUUCCAACAACUACAACUACUAAAAUUCCAACAACUACAACUACUAAAAUUCCAACAACUACAACUACUGAAAUUCCAACAACUACAACUAGUUCAAUCACAACCACUGAAAAACCAACUACUACAACUACUGAAAUUCCAACAACUACAACUACUAAAAUUCCAACAACUACAACUACUAAAAUUCCAACAACUACAACUACUGAAAUUCCAACAACUACAACUGAAGUUCAAACUACAACUACUACAGUAACAAAACCUUCAACUACUAUUUCUACCACUGAAAUUCCAAUUAUCACUACUACAUCUGAACUUCAAGAAAUCACCACAACUACUAAACUUUCAACUGCUGUUACAACAACUGAAGUUGCAACAACUACAGCAAAACCUUCUACAGCUACUACUACUGAAACAACUACUACCACUACUUCUGUUACUACACCAACAUCAACUAUCACAGCUUCUGAAACAACAAGUAUCAAUGACACCACUACAGAUAGUACAACAUCCUCAAAAGUUGAAACCACCACUGAAGACUUUGGUCCAUGUGGUCCUUUACUUAUAAAUUGUGGAGCAUUAGAUCAAAAUGUUCCGAUCACAAUAGAAACAAAAGGCGGGCCGUUUCUAAAUCCCAGAACAACAGGAGGUUUAUGUGCUACGAAACAGGUAAAAUCAGAAAAAGAAAUGACAACAUUAGAUAUAGAAAUUAAUGGAGGUCUCGUUGCAUGCGAUAGAGGGAAAAUUGUAACAGGUAUAGAGCUUUGUGUAACAAUUGAUACAAAGAAUAAUAUUAUUCACGUAUCUUCAGCUGAAAUUGUAUGUGGCACUCCAACUGAUGGAUGGAAAAUUGAUGCCGAUGACACAAUAGACAAAGAUUUGGAAGGUAGUAUGACAUCACAAUUUACAGUAGGGUGUGAUCCUUCUUAUCUGAUAUAUGGAAUUAGAGUUGGCAACAGUGAUUUGGGAGCAGUGAUGGACUUUAAAUGUGUUAAGGCGGAAAAAGAAGAAGCUGCACCAGAAAACAAUAUUUAG